GUGUUAAUGUGUCUCGUGCUGUUGCGCCCAUCGACAGUAAAGUGUGAACCCCGUACCAACAGCAGCAGAAGAAGCUAUAAAACGAUCCGUUUGUUUGAGCUGAGGCAACGCACAAACAGUUGUUUGUGACAAAAAGUUUACGUGAAGAAACAACUCUAACUACUAUCUGUACAAACCAUUCCUUAUUGUUGGUUAAUUUUGUAUUACUGUGCAAGCGCAACCAAUCAAAAACACGCCCCGCCUGCAUAGGAUGGUAGAAGGUGACACUGAUCAGAACCAUUCAAAGUAUACCGAUGUAAAGGACGAUAGAGUAGCGAACGGUGACAGCAAGGAUCAUCCGUUGGCGGGAGUCGUCGCCGUCUCCCUGCAGGAGAAAUCGCAGCUGGCCAGUCAGCAGCAGUCCAGCCUACCCGGUGGACCAUUGAACGGGGGUGCCGAUUGUGCCAUCGUCAGUAAGCAGCUCGAGGCGAAGGGUGCGGACCCCGAACGGGGCGCCUACUCGAUCAAGGCUGACUUCGAGCAGGCGAUAGAGCUUACUGGUUAUGGCAGAUUCCACUACAUCCUGUUAGCAAUAUGCGGGCUGGUAAGCACCAGCGAGGAGAUGGACGUCAUCUCGAUGUCGUUCAUACUGCCCUCCGCCCAGUGCGAUCUCGACCUGAACACGCAGAGCAAGGGCUGGCUGAACUCGAUCAUCUUCAUCGGCAUGAUGUUCGGUGCGUACGUGUGGGGUAGCGUGGCCGACUCGCUCGGCCGCAAGAAGGUGCUGAUCGUGAUCUCGAUCAUGAACGCGCUCUGCAUCGUCGCGUCCUCCUUCUCGCAAACGUACGAAGUGUUUAUGGUGUUUCGGUUCCUGAACGGUGUGGCGUUAGGUGGUAGCGGUCCCGUCAUUUGGCCGUACUUUGCCGAAUUUCAGCCGAAAUCCAAGCGUGGCUCCAUGCUUAGCUUUAUGGCUGCGUUCUGGACCAUCGGCAAUCUGCUGGUCGCUGGACUGGCCUGGUUGAUCAUCCCCACCGGAAUCGGCAUCACGACACCCGCGUUCACAUACAACUCAUGGCGCAUCUUCCUGCUCGUCUGCUCCAUCCCGUCGUUUAUUGUGGCCGCGUUGCUACUGUACCUGCCGGAGUCGCCUAAAUUUCUCCUAUCCCAGGGCAAGAUCGAUGAAGCGCUUGCCAUCUUCCGCGGCAUCUACGUGACGAACACGGGCAAAUCGAAGGACCAGUACCCGGUAAAGGAGCUGCUGAUCGACGAUGAGCUGCGGAAGGAACUGGAAGCCGUCACCAAGCCGAUCAAGAACAAGUACAAGCGCAUGCUGUACGACAUACUGGACAACAGCAAGCAGGUGUUUAUGUCGCCGAUCCUGAAGUUCACCAUCAUCUCGAUCACGAUCAACUUCACGUUUCACAUCGGCUACUACGGGCUGAUGAUGUGGUUCCCGGAGCUGUUUAACCGGUUCGAUGAGUUUACCCGUGCCCACCCGGGCGUGGAGGACGCAUCGGUGUGCCAGGUGACGGAUUACGUCGUCGGGAUGGGUUCGCACUCGCAAACCGGCGUCUGUUCCGCGACGAUACCGAGCACGGUGUUCAUGGAGUCGCUGAUCACCGUGGCAGCGGCCCUGCCCGCCAACAUCAUUGCCGUGCUGGGGAUGGACCGGCUGGGCCGGAAGUUUUUCCUCGUGUUCAGCACGAUGGCGGCCGGGGCCUGUUCCGCAUCGAUGUACUUCGUCACCAACCAGCAUUCGAAUCUGGCCGUAUCGGCCGUGUUUAGCGGUGUCAUCUCGAUGGGUAACGCCUCGCUGGACUGUCUGAUCACGGAAGUGUUUCCAACGAAUUUACGUGCAACCGGUGUUGCGAUAUCGAUGGUAGCGGCUCGCCUGGGUGGUAUUAUCGGUAACGUGGUUAUUGCCACGCUGCUCGAUCUCUACUGUCCCGCACCAACGUUCAUUGUCGCCGUCCUGCUGGCGGGUGGCGGUCUGAUGUGUCUGUUCCUACCGAACACUACGCGAACCGCACUGUCCUAGUGUGCGUGGUCAAACCGGUCAACAAGUGUGUGUGCUUACGCUGGUGAAUUUAACAACGAGCCCCACGAAACUCAUGAAAGCCGUUUUAUUUUAUGUUGUGUUUUUGUUUAUAUUUUAUUCAUUAUUCGUAAACCAUAUUGGAUCAUUUUUGUGUUUUAUUUUUGUUCAUCUUAGUUUUUUUGUUAUUCGUUUCAACCCAAUGGUUAGGAGAAAAGAUUUAACCAAAAACAAAAGAAAAGGCAAACAGGCGAAGAGGCAUUAUGAUUUUAUUAAUGCGUAAUGAGACGAUACAUAUCAACCGAUGCGCAAUUCCUAUACAACACACAAAACGGAUCAACUUGCUUCGGAUCGAUCAAUUGGCGAUUGAUCGUUGCUUCAGUCACACUGUGUUUUAUACUCCCCCACCGGUACUCCGUUCACCCCAUCGUAAACCCGGUUUCCCGAAUUCAACCCGAAUGAAUUGUGAAUUAAGCCAUUUGUGGAUGGGCGCCGUACCCGCACGCGUGGUGACGUAAAUUGUAGCGUGUGCGCGUCCAUUCCAAACCCCGUCAAAAGAAUUUAUUGUACAGACCGAAGUGUGGGAAGUGUGUUAACUUAAUCUUAAACAAACAACAAAAAAACACAAUACAGCAAAACCUAUUUGCGACUAGACGUAUCGAUAAAGUAAUGAAA